AUGAUCUGCCAGUGGGUCUCCAGGGCCAUCUGUUGGCUGAGACCUGCUGUCAAUAGAGACCUGAAACCAGGCAGACGAAAGACCAGAUUCGUGUGUUCCUCCAGGUGCCCUCCAUUACCUCCAUCCUUUACCCUGGAGCUGGCCAAUCACUGGUCUGCACUGGCUCUGAAUAAGCACUGCAGAAGAGAUAGACAGCAGUGGACAGCUACACAAACUGAACUCAGGUCACAUGCCAAAGGUCCACAAAGUCCCCACAGUGUUUCAGCCCCCCAGACCAUUCAAAGACAUUCUUGGGAUUUGGAGAGUCUUAACAUAGAAAGAUCGCAUCAAAGUCUAGAAAGGGUCCCAUCCAAACGCCAUCACCAUGAGUGGCCUCAAACUAAAGAAGACUUCGACCAGCACGACUUUGUUCCGAUGGAAAAGCCUCAACAGACCUACUGUGAAGAAGACUGGUAUGUUGGGGCUUGUAAUCGAGCAGAUGCUGAGCACGCCUUACACCUGGUGAACAAGGAUGGGGCAUUUUUGGUGCGUGACUGCUCUAUCAACACCAACAGUGAACCCUUGGUACUGGUCGUGUAUCACCACAAGAAGGUUUAUAAUGUAAAAAUUCGGUUCAUCGCGAGCGACGACAAGUACGCACUGGGAACAGGACAACGUUCAAAUGAUAUGUUCGACUCUGUGCCAGACAUCAUCAAGUUCCACUCCAUUUUUCCAAUAAUACUCGUCAGUGGAAGAAAUAUGCCUGGAAACAAAUACCCAGACAACUGUGUGCUGACAUAUCCAGUAACGAAAGGGGAUGUUGACCAGCUGCUACAAUAACAAAUGCACCUUUCCACGCCUUUUCAGAGAUCAUCUGUUGAGGUCCACAAAAUUGCUCACAUCCUAUUGUCUAGCUAUGUAACCCGAAACAUCUAUUAAAGGUGUAUUAUCAUUUUUAAGCAAGCUAGGAGUAAAAAAAAUAACUUUACUAAUAACUGUGUGGUCAAGAGUGAUCUUGAUUAUUAGCUAACAAUUAUUUUUACGAUAUUAUCAACUGUCAGCAGCUAUACUACUUUCAAUUAAUUGUUUAGACUAAAAAACGUAAAAAAAAAAAAAAAAAACUUAAAAUGUCCGUCAUUGUUUUCUCGAGUCCAAAUGGAUGUCUUGUAUUGGAUUUUUUUUGUACUAUUGACCCAAAACACAAAGACAAUCCUUAUAAUGAUACAAAAAUGGAGAACUCCUAUGAGAAUGGAAAUAGAGAAUAACUGUCAUUUUGCUUGAUAAAUAAAUCAAAUACAAAUGCAUAUCUCAUAAUAAUAAAUAAACUAUAGAGUCAUUACAUGAACAUGUGGCAGUUAAGAAGUUAUUUCAGUGCUAAAAUUACUCAGUUGAGACACCGCAAGGAAAAAUGUGAGGAUUCAUUCAUUUUAAUUUUUGACAAUACUUUUAUAAUGUAUAGAUUUUUAAAGGCUGUUUUCUCAAAAUACGUUAUCACACCCUGCACCAGAAAUCUUCAGAUACAUAAUACAUAAUACAUACACAAAACCUUUUAGUUUUAUUUGUGUCUAUAUUCUGAAGUUUGUUUUUUUUUUUUUCACAGAGGGCUUUGUUCAUAGAUCAUUCAUAGUCUGAAUUUAAGAACAUUAAAUUCCUUAAAAUGUGGUCAAAUUGAUUUUAUUUCUGACUGUUGACAGUUUUUUUUUUAUUUAUGGAGUAACCACAAGAGAAUUUCAAAAAUUCUUCUGCAAAAGCCUAAGACUGAUAUGUCAAUAAAAUGACACAAAUAAAUACAAGAUGCUUUCUCAAAUAAAUAAAAUGAUUGCAAAUGAGGCCAUUUUA